AUGGCAUUGGAUGCUCUGUUAAGGAACAAACUUUCAAAGGUUAGUACAUCUCUGGACGUGUAUAAAUGCUCGUUUGCAGACAGACUGGCAAUGACAAUCAAUUUACUUUUGUACGCGGAAUUGUACGAACUGGAUUUUUAGUUACUCCUUCUGCAAAGUUCAUUGAGGAAGCACUUAUACUUACACUAGGCGAACAUAAAGAAUUUAUACAAUCUUUUCCUCCUUUCUCCAUAAAUAUGCACCAACUGUUGAUCAAAAUAAGCUUAUACAUGUUUGAUAUACAAAAUGAAUAGAAAUGGCCUAAUAUUGUUUCCAAAUUUUUCGUUAAAUAAUUGAAUUCAAACUGUAGAACCAUUCCAGUCGCGUCGGGAUACCGAUUCUCUCUUUUUUGGUUGAAAAUCCCGACCAUUAUGCGCUUGGAAUAGGUAAAGUCCCAAUUUAAUAUGUUGACAUCAGAUCAGUUCUGAUAUUUUCAAAUGACUUCUUAUGAUUCCUAUACAAGAACACCUUCUUGUAAAGGAGUAUACCUAACUGAGAUAGAUAUCCAAAAAACUUUAAAAACCGCACCAAAUAUAAUAAUAAAAUCUAGUACUUGUACGCAAAGCAAGCAAGUGACGAUCAAAGUGAUUGUUCAAAGCUGUGUCUGCCAUCUUUAUUGCUUUAUUGCUUUGUUUGCCAUAAAUUGUACAAAUCAAAUAAAAUCUAAUUAUUUAAAUUCUCAUGGCAAGGAAGCCCAAGAGAAGCCACCGGGCUUAUAAGGAGUGGGCUCCCUCAGUUAGAUAAUUUAAGAACAAAAUAUUAUCAUAAUUACACAUGGGAAAAUCAAUGGCAGAGCUACAGUAAAUCUUAAAAUAAAUAUAUUAGAUAGUCGUACUAAUCAUAGUUCUAAGCUAAAAAAAGCAGAAUGACAAAAAGAAAAAAAAAAUGAAAAUAAAAGAGCAAAGGUAAAAAAAAAAAAAGAAAAGAAAAUAUAUAUAUAUAUAUAUAUAUAUAUAUAUAUAUGUAUGAAUUACUAUUUAUGAUAAGAGGAAUGCUUUCAGCUUACGGCAAAAGGAAGCGUUACUUGUUGCAUUUCGAAUUUCAGAACUAAGAGAGUUAAAAAAUUUAGGACCUUGGAAACUGAUGGAGAACUUUCUUAUAUUAGUCCUGCAUUGUGGUAAAUAAAAAGGCUCCAAACGUCUAGUGCCAUAAGAAUGCACCUGGCGUGUCACCAAAAACAUGUUAUUGAAGCUAUAAGGAAGUAAGCCAGAUCUGUAUUGAUACAUAAAUUUUCCUAUUUGAAGUUUGUAGAUACUCUCAAGAUUCAGAAUUUUUAAGUUUUUAAAUAAGGGGUCAGUGUGAGCAUCGAAAGCACUCCUCAACCUUCUUACGUUUUUGAAGUGUGAUUAAUCUUCUGAGGUUUGAUGGGUAGGUCGAUGCCCAGAUGCUCACGCAGUAGAAUAAGUAUGGGUAGAUAAGGCUAAAAUAAAGCAUCCGUAAGGAGGAAUUAUUAAGGCAAAAACUUGAUUUAUAAAUUAUACCUAUGGCUUUAGACACUUUCCGAGCAACAUUAUGUAUAUGUGAUUUCCAUGUUAAAUGUUCAUCCAAAAUUACACCAAGAAAAGUAGCUUCCUUAACACGAUCAAUCGGAUAAUUACUAAUAUUAAAAGCUAGAUCAAGUGUUUGCCUGUUUUGUCUCGGUCUGAAUAUGAUAAAAUUAGAUUUCUUAACAUUAAUAGAUAGCUUAUUUGUAUAAAACCAACACAUUAUCUUUUUCCGUGGGAUGCCUGUGGCACUCCCACGGUAAAAAUCUGGUUCGGUUGUACCCAAAAUUGCAAAGCCAGCCAAUAGGAUUGCAUAAAAUCUUUAUCAAUUAUCUCUUCUUCCAAGCUGACCAAUCAGAUUGUACAAAAUCUGUAUCGAUUUUUAAUUGAUUUGCUUCCUCUGAAGAACAUUGAAAUCAGAACGUUUCUUGCCAAAUUUGUCGCGCUUGAGUUUUCUCACGCGUGGUUUAGGAUGGCUUGUUAACCAGCGAAAUCCUUCGGGAUACUAGCAAGUCACGAAAGGCGACCUAAGCCAAAUUAUUUCUUUCCUUCAUGAUUCUUUUUUAUUUAGGUCUAGCUUUUUCAUAAGGUUUUAGUAGCGUCUGGUUGCGGGCCGUGAUUUCCGAUAGAUUUUUCUAGUCGGAGUUUGCCAGUUUUUGCCGAGCACAGCUAGAGUUCAGUUUUUUUCUUUUCUUAUCUAAAACACCUUGACGAUGGGAGGUUAAAUCGCGUAAAUUUCAACUCACACCCUUGACGAUUAGCGUUGAAAUCGUGAAAAUAUUGUCCUCGUCGAUCGAUGACUCGCUUUCGGCAUGGAUUGGACUUCUGGAUGGGACAGGGAUCAGGAUAUGAGUAAACUUAUUAUACCUUGGAAUCAGGGAUAAUCAUCGGAACUAUGUUAACUUUGAGGCCUUGGAAACACAUUGCAAUUAAUUUUUAACCGUAUCAAGAGCAUCUUGGAAUAUUAAACUUUCAUCUUGGAUUAAAACAUUGGAACUUUAUCGAACUUUGUAACCCUGGGUUCGACCCUGGAUAAAGCAAGAGGAUAUUUUGUUUUGUUUUGUUCCAUUAACCUAGAUAGAACGCCAUUAUGCUUCCAUAGACCAACGCAUCCCACGGAAACGACUUUAGACAUCUUGUUCAAUUCUAAAUUUACAACUUCCAUAAGAUAGGAAGCAUCAGUAUGCGAAUAGAAGAUAUUAGUGUCAUCAGCAAAUAGUAUCAGCCCUAAGACCUUUGACACAGUACAUAGAUCAUUUAUAUAUGCUAAGAAUAAUGGGGGACCUAAGAUAGAUCCCUGAGGGACUCCGCAAAUGAUAUCUAAUGAUGAAGAGUUGUAACCAUUAUAUUGCACAAAUUGUUUUCGACAAGAAAGAUAACUUUUAAAUCAUUGUAAAGCAAUAUCACGUACUCCAUAAUGUUCUAAUUUGUCGAGCAAAAUUUCAUGAUUUACUGUAUCAAAGGCCUUAGAUAGGUCAAUGAAUAGGCCUAAAGUUACCCUUUUAUUAUCAAGUGCAUUUGAGAUCUUCUCAUACAAUUGGAUUAAAGCAUGUGCAGUAGAAUAAUUUUUCUGAAUCCAUACUGAUUCCGGGAAAGAAUAUCAUAUUUAUUUAAAGAAUUAAUGAGGCGAUUAUAGACGAUUCUCUCUAGGAAUUUAGAGAAAACUGGUAACACUGAUAUGGGUCUGUAAUUUGUGAACAAAGAUUUAUCACCAGAUUUAAACAAUGGAAUAACUCGUGCAAUUUUCAUUUCUUGGGGUACAACUCCAGAAUUAAGAGACAAGUUAAUUAUAUACGUCAAUGGUGCGCAGAUUAAGUUAAAAUACUAUCCUAUCCUGGUGCAGUACCGGAUCGAAAGCUGCUACAAAUCUCAGUGGCUACUUGUUCUGAUGCCGAUUGAAGAAAAAAUGAAUUAAUAAAGCCUCCAUUCAGAAAAGAACGAUGAGAUUUGUCAGACGCCGGAAUUGAUUUAGCUAAGUUAGGUCCAAUAUUCGUAAAAUACUCGCAAAAACGGUUUGCUAUAUGAGUAGGAUUAAAUAUUUCUUCUUCAUUAGAUUUGAAGAUGGAAGGUAACUUACACUUAAUUUUCUUCUUGUUAAUAAGAUCGUUAAGUAAUUUCUAAGUUGAUUUUGCAUUUGAUUUAUAUUCAUCUAACUUUUUUUUGUAGUAGAGACGUUUAGCCAUUGCUAGCCAUUCCUAUAUUAAUUAUUAUCAAUUAUGAGAAUCAAUUCAACAAACAUUUUAGUCAGAAAUUAUCCUCUCAGGAUCCUAGAAAUGACCUUUCAGAGCACUGAGAUAUUUUCAAAAUUUUCUGGGAAGAACAACCCAAACCUCUCUUGUGGCCCAUGCCUUCAGCACUGGCGUGAUUCAUUGGUGAUUAAAAAAUUAGAAAUAACCUUACACUUUCUAUCUUUUAAUUUUGUUUACAUUUAAUUGUUUUAUUUUUGUCAGUAUAAGAAUUCAGAGUUGUGUCACCAAGAUUGUGCAAGAGCACUGCAUCAAUACAACAACCUAACACCUGAUCUGCAAAAAUUCAGUAAGUAAUCUCUUUCCCCUCUAUGUUAUAGAAAAUAUUCCAGUUACAUUAUGCAAUUUUUGUGGUACAUGCCAGCUUUUUUGUGCUAUCAUUAAAGGCAUUUAACUGGGACAUACAACCACAUAUGACCUUCUUUGGGAAAACAUACCCUGAGCGGUAUUCUGUUUAAUCGUCUAGACUGUUAGCUAUCUGUUAGUCGUCCAUUAGCCAAAUCAAUGAAAACCAUGAGAGGCGUUUGACAAUCUGUUAGCACUUCAUCUGUAUCUGUUAGAUUGCUGGUUGUAUCUGUCAUAGGCGUUAGUCAAUUUGUUAGCAUCUGAUCUUAACCUGUUAGAACAUUAAUCAUACCUGUUAGCGACAUAGUCAAUCCGACGUUGAUCUUUAUAAAUUAUUUACAUGCAGCAAAUUGACCCAACUUUUUCCAUUGUAUACACUUUCAUAAAUCAUAGACGUGAUGUAAAAAAUAAAUGUGUUCAAAACUAUGACCUUUAACAUCAUAAACUUCUUGCAAUAAUGCUGAAAUUUCACACCCAUGAAAUAUUAUAAUUGCUCAAGCACACACGACAGAGAAAAUUAUUUGCUCCAUCAUUUGCAUCUUUCCAUUGUGUAUACUCUUUAAGACAUCAAAGCUCUCUACAAUGAGUACAUGUCAUCUGUUGACUCCCUAAUUAAUAUAGGAACUAUAUGGGAUCAGUGUUACCGCUAUAAAGAAAUAAUGUUGUAUUGUAAUGAUUUUGUUUGCAGUUCAUAAUGAUGGCAGAGAGACUGAAUUCCUGGCUUUGGAUGGAACACUUCCUGUAGUGAUCAGAGGUAUGUAACUUUUAACAGAUUGGUUCUUUUUGCGUAAUUCCAGACUUGCCAGGAUCCAAAGCCUGAUUUUAGUGGAUGUUUUGUAGGUAAAGCCCACUAUCAAACCAGCGUUCAACCCACAUGUAGUUUGAUUCAAAAUUUUCUGUGUUUCCCAGCCCUAAUUAUUCUUGUGGAUAACAUUGUUAGUUUCCCUAAUACUCAACUGGGACCAGGGCAAUACACUGUAAUUAUUUCUGUGAGUGUGUACAUAGUACAGGACUUGGGUGGAGUUAAGCAAGACCUGGCUAGCCCAAUCAUACAUAUAAGUUUACUGUAAACUGAGCAUACAGGCAGAUGGCUAUGUAAUCUAAGAUGGAUAUUUGCUAAUUAUCCUUCUAACAACUGAACACCAGUGAUCAACAGUUAUUUCUACUUCCCUAUAACACAAAAGUCCAAAUUAAAACUUAAAUUGAUAAAUACCAAAUGUGUACUCUUUUUUGAUGUGGUACGUAAGAGGACUGUUCUGCUUUGAAUAAUAAUCCUAUUUGAAUGCACAGGUACUUACUCUGCUCCCAACAUCAGUGGCUUCAUAGCUCAGUUGGUAGAGCAUCGCACUGGUGAUCGCGAGGUCACGGGUUCAAACCCCGUUGAAGUCCUGAAUUUUUUGGGGGCUUCUUUACGCAAUUGCAUAAAUUGUGUUCACUGCGACAAUCAUUUCUUCAUUUUUGGUACCUACUGUGUGUUACUUAUUUCUCAUAAAUGGGUUUUUUCAUACAUGUACAUGGCACAGAUGAUAAUCUCAAGGGUAUUAUAGUUGCUAAACUGCAAUCAGUAGGAAACAGCGCAAAGGAAAUCCUAAGAUUUCUUUUUUUCAAUACUAACAGCUAGUCCUCAAUGAAAAGGACAUUAUUUAGGAUAGAUAGAUAGAUAGAUACUUUAUUAUAAACACCAUUGCAGCCAUAGGGUGAAUUACGGGAUAUUUACAAAUACUGAUGAUAACAAAGAGAAAAUAAGAAAAUUAUCUACAUCUUAGAGAUCGACAUGGCUAAAAAUCAAACUUUUCUUCAAACGCUCGGUUUUACAUAGGGGGAGAGUGAAAUCACUUUUGCGUCUCAGUGCAUAUUUACCACUCUUCCUUUGGGGGAGGAGGCUAUGGAGACUGUGGGUGGGGUUAGAGACGAUCUCAUCAAACAGAUCGAUUGAAAUCUUUUCUCUCCUCUCAUGAAGAUUCGGUAGGCCAACUGUUUCUAGUGCUACACUAUAUGACAGGUCAGGAUAGAUGAUUCUGAAAGCCCUUCUUUGGAUCCAUUCCAAAUCUUCACUGAUGUAGUUUGGUAGAGAACGAUGGAAUACAGGACUUGCGUAUUCCAGGACGGGCCUAAUACAUGUCACAUAGAAUUGACAUUUACACAUGUACCAUGGCCAUUUUUGCAUGAGGACAAUAAAGUAAAUAAUAGAGUAUCAGGAUUGUACUUUUUUGGCUUUCAAAAAUUGUUUUAUUGAUGGUUUGAGUCAUGUACAUAUCUGUAAACAUUAUCUCUUAUGCUGCUAGUGGUUGUUUUCAAAGGUCAAUCCUGUAAACAACAAUCUUUGGUUACAGGGCUAUGCAAAUACUUUCUCUGCUUUGCCAAUAUAUGGAAGCUACAGGUGUAAGAAAAUCAGUAUGUUAAUAAGUACUGGAUUUUUUGUUUUUCCUGAAUAACAGGUGUAACAUACAACAUUCCAGUGUGUGUAUGGCUACAGGAGAAUCAUCCAUAUGUUCCUCCUUUGGUGUUUGUUAAACCCACCAGCAGCAUGGCUAUCAAACCGUCACAUCAUGUGGACACAAACGGCAAAGUUUAUCUUCCUUUCCUACAUGAGUGGGCUUAUGUAUGUAUUUUAAAUUAUUGUCAUUGCUCCUCUAUAAAGUGUAUAAUUAUACCGGUAUCAUCACCAAAACUGCUGCUCGACAGGUGUUUAUAUUUUAACAGUAGAGUACGUCAUGUCAUAUUUCAGUGGAACUUUGACUUACAUGUAAUGAACCUCUAUUGCAAAGUCCUUUUAACAGAUCCACGGGGUGGCUCUUCCCUGUUAAAUUACAUUAAAAAUAAAUUAAAUUACAUUGUGUAUACAUUUCUUUGGCACAACGGUCCAACUAAUGCUAGUAGUCGCAACAACUUUCUCAGGGCACUAUAAGCUAAAAAUUAACGUUACUCUAUUCUAAAUGAAGAGGAGAUUGUCGCAGGUAAAGACACAGUUAAUGCAGUUGCAUUUCCCUGACUCUGACCUUUAGAUUCGAGGACGAGAAUAACUACGAGUACGAGAUUUGAUUUAAAGUUUUUUUACAUAUUGUCAAAAAAUAGACACCCCAGAAUUCUUCACUGUACUUUUUUUCACCAGAAAAGUUAGCACUGUUAUCGUUAUUGAAGGAGGUUGAGCCCUCUUCAGAUUGCAAAAUGCUAAGACUUCUUGCAUUUGAUAACUUGUUCCCGCCAGUAUGACACUCUCGCUAAAACUCAUAGUAGAAUGACAAUGGCUACCAUAUUUUCCUGCCAAAAUGACGCUGCCUCACAAGCGAGCACCACUUACUAUUGAGAAAAUCUCGUACUCGUAGUCGUUCUCAUCUUAGAAUGUAAACGUCUCCAAUAAAGGCUGUACAACAUAAUUUAUUUGCAUUCGAAAAGAACUGAAGAAGGUAGUUCUAAGGGCUGCAAUCAGGAACAAAAGUAGUUGGGUCCUUUUAUCAACAAUUUCAUUCAUUCAUUAUUUCAUUCUGUUUAUUCGCCAUAAAUCCCCCCCACCCCCGAAUCAAUGUUGUUUAAUGUAGGAAAAGAAAGACCUGAGGUCUAAAAUACAAAAUUAGUUUUGGCAAGAGGGGGUGGGGGUACACCAGGGGAGGGGAUAGGUAUGUCCACUGUUCAAAAAGGGGCCAUUUUAUAGAAGUGUCUCAACACUUUUGUCCCUCAUUGUAGCCCCAGUUACUUACCAUCAUUAUUCAAGUAUAUAAAUUUAAAAGUGAUGUUAUUUGGACUUUGAUUUAACAUUCAAGGGGACCCAAGACUGUGCUCUAACAGCACCAGGUGGCCUCUGACACCUAACCUUUGCUCCUGGACAGCUCUAAAAGAUGUUACUUUUGCAUAAAAAUCAUAAUGAUAUAUGCUGGGCACCCUGAAUUUCACAGAGAACUCUGAGCCUCCUUAGAGUACAGCCUUGGAUCUAGUAGGACAAAUUAACCCAUUCACCUCAAAACUGCCUGAAAUUUUGCUUUCUGCGCAUGCCCAAACAUUACAAGCUUAUAUUUUGGAUCUGGAUCAGAAGACUGCAAAGCAUAUGACCUGUAAACGGCUUUGCAGUAAGUUUUAGCUCCUUAUAGCCAGACAAAGACUUGAAAAUCAAACACAUUUUUCGGCCAAAUUCCUGGGAGCAAAUGGGUUAAUGUCAGUUGUUGACAACAAAGGAUAAGGGUAGAUUGUGAUCUUCUUUUGCAGCCUAAAUCUGAUCUUGCAGCACUGCUUCAGAUCCUUUGCUGUGUGUUCGCUGAGCAUCCACCUGUUUACUCCAAAGCUGCACAGCCUCAGCAGCCACCUGCUCCUUACCGUCCUCCCACAGGGGGAUACCCUCAUCAGUAUGGAAGUUAUCCCCCAAAUCCAGCAGCAUCAACCCCCUACCCUGUGGGGGGACCCGGUAGGAUGCCCAUGCCAAUGCCUAUGGCAGGUAUGUUGUAACAAUACAACAAUUUCACAUCAGAUAAAUCGCACAGAUUCCACCAAUAGUCAUAGCAUAUAUGGUGCUCCUCAUGUAAGCACAGAGGUAUUUACUUAACAGUAUUUAUUUUAUCCAACCGGAGAGGCGACGGGGAGUUAAAGCUCAUAAUCAGCUAUUUUGAUCCGUCUUCUUCAUACUUCUAUUGUUUUCUUGAGCAAUUUGAAAUCCGCUGUGUGCUUGCUAGCACUGUCACAGCUUCACCUCAGCUUCACUUUGGCCAGACCUUCAAGGGGGACCAGGGUCAGGUCUUUUUGUGGUUGCUGUAGCAGUCAUUAGCAGUCAUGUGGUAAAACCCAUGUCAUUCUUCUUCAUAACCUGGUAAUCACGUGCUUUGCUUGUUUCUACCUCCUACGAUGUGAAUGAAGGGUUGGAUUUUGGGGGGCAUAGAUGGUAUUUUGGUGGCCAAAAAUGAGCUGGUGGCUGAUGGUAGAGAGGACUUCCAUGAAAUCAAGGAAGAAUACAGGGGCACCCAGCGAGAAUAUAGUUCAAAACCACUUAAACAUAGCGUUGUUAAACGUAUUUUAGUAUUUUAACAGUAGAUAUAGGCAUAUUUUUUUCCCCUAAAAAUUUUUCAUCUGUUCGGAUUUCCUAGCUGAAAGUUUAGUGAUCUGAAAAUUAUAGGGAUCAAAACUUACCUUUUCAAAAAUUUCAGCCACAAAAAGGCUCCUGAAAAUUCUAGGUGACCUUUUUAGGGUAAAAAUCCGUUAAAAUGGGCAAUUAUACCAUUUUUUAGAUGUUUGAAAAAUCCUAGGAGAGGGGGGCAAGCAAGAAAUUUUACAACAAAAUAUGUUCCAAAAAUUCUAGAUCUCAAAUCGUCUUCCGAACAGAUAUUUUCCGAAAAUUGACAUUGGGUGCCCCUGAGAAUAGGCAAAUCUUUGCUGACGUCAUUGUCAUUGCAUCACCAUAUGCACAAAUUGAAUUCAAAAGUUGAAAGAAUUGAUUAAUAUGAGGGAUUUGUGCAAUUUUCAGCUCUUUGCAGGCAAUACAAAGGAAAUAACAGCCAUCGAAAACUGCAAAAUUGCUGGUCGGCAAAUGUUUAUGAGCCCAUACAUUCUUUGUAAAGUUUCGAGUUUUUCAAAGAUAAUUUCUAAACUAUUUGGUAUAUUGGACUCAAACUUUCACAGAUAACUGAAAUUGUUAUACUCUUUCGAUAUUCAGAGAGUUGACCAGAGAAUGAAAAGAAUAUGCUAAUGAAGCACAAAAUGUAAACAAAGAUUCCCUUUAUAGAGUAAUGUGUUUUACUGGUUAAAGUGAUAAAUAGUGGUGUCCCUUGACUGCUCGUGUGCUGUGUGGGGACUCCGAACAUAAGCUUAUAAGCAGGCGAAGUGUAUGAAAUUAACUUUUCUUUCAACAAGCCACUUGGCUCUGAAAUAAUUAUUUCAAAGUGGUGGCCAAUUCCAAGAAGUACAUGUACUGUUAGCCACCAGGUUUUGGGGUAUUUAUCGAAAGAAACCUAUAGUCACUUACAGCACAUUUUUUAAUUUCAGAACUUUUGUGAUGCUUUUCUUUGUUGUUUUUUGUUUGUUUGUUUGUGUUUUUAUGUUGGGAUCAAGUUAAGUUUCUGGGAAACUGCCCACCUACCCAUCCCCUAAGUCAACAUUAUCAUUUACUUCUCACUUGAGGCAAAAUGUUGGCUUAGGGGAGGAGUAGGUGGGCAGUUUCUCUUUUUGGUUCGAGUUAUUUUGAGUUUGACUAGCUCUUAUGUCUCAAUUCCAACAGGUACUAGUCUUGGAGGGUCCUCAGGAGGCAGACCUCCUUACCCAGCCUACCCCCAACAGGGUGGAGCUUCUAAUCCUCCAUAUCCAGUGACUCAACCUAACUAUCCAGCAGCUACCAGCCCACAAUCCUCUUAUCCACCAAGCUAUCCUGCACCUGUUACUCGCAGUAACCUGGUGACAACAUCAGACACAGCAUCAACAAACAGCAGUAUAAAUGACGAACUAGCUGUGAGAGCCUCAUUGCAGUCAGCUCUGGAGGAUAAAUUAAAACGAAGCACAAGAGCAUUGUUUGAGCAAGCACAGGUGACUGCCUUUACAUUUACUUAAAAGAAACUAAUUACAUGGUUUGUACAGUGUCUUGAAUUCUUUGAAAAGGUCAAGAAAUUUACAAACCUGUAUCCAGACAUAAAAAUAGUGCUGAGGGUUCUUUUACACCCCCUUUGAGUUCAUGAUAAAGAAAGGGUGGCUUAACAAGUAAGGGCUCGUGGUGGGGGGGUACUCCUGGGAAUUCUCGGUGGGGGCGUGCCGCCCGGUUCUCCAAAUCCUGACCAUAUCUCAGACCAAAAAAUGUCGUUUUCCACACCUGUUUUCAGACCUCAAAAAUUCAUGCCCAUUUUCAGAUCUGGAGGUGGUAACAAAACACAACAUUACAUGUUUACCAGAAAACAAAAAUUAUGUCGUCAGUCUUUCUUAAAAUCCAUUUCGAAUUCGCAUUUUACACUUUCUUUCUUAUUCAGUUGGAAUUGAAACGACGAUCACAUUGAUACGCAACCGUAUCUCCUUCAUAAACCAUACCCGAUUCCACACCAAAAUGAGCAAAGUCUUUACCCGUUUUCAGACCAAAACGGCGCAAAGACCCUACAGUACCCCCCAGGAAGAUCCUAGCGCUAUUGUUAAGUACAACCUUCUGCAUCCUUCUGCAUGUAGACUGAAUACAGAAAACACAUGACGCUGGGAUGAACCGCCUUCUAGGAUGUUUCUCCCUCCAUGUAAACAGCCCAUCAGUUCUUUCUAGUUUCUUUACACUUGAUUCUAGCACUCUUAAUUAGGACAGCAGAAAGUUUAAGUUACUUUACAUAUUUUUUUGAACAGAUGGAGUUAGAUCAGCUGAACAGAACCCAACAUGAGUUAAAACACGGAAGUGAACAACUAGAAGAUAUCCUCAGGAAACUCGAAAAGGAACAGGUAAAAAUUUGAGGAGGGCUUUGGAGAUACAACUUGAAUUCACUUCAUGUCACGUCACACCGCAAAAGCCACUGUUCACGAGACCAGUUUUGCAAAUCCUCUUAAAACGUAACUUGAGAAAACAGCUGACAUUUUGCGACGCCACCACUCGCAGCCAACCCAGUGGUGGUGUCGCAAAAUGUUAGCCUGCUUCUCGCGCGGCAAAAUUUUCCCGCGCUAGCACAAGUUUACCUGGCUACGAAAUUUCGGCUGUUUUCUCAGACUAAAUGAAACCGUAACUAAGAAAGAAAAGCCAUGAAAUCCGGAUUUGGAUUUCUUAUAAUAAUUGAUAUAUCCACCUUGAGGAUUUCGCGUUUUAUUGCAAAACCCUAAAUCCGAAUUUCGAGAUCUAAAUCCGGAUUUCCCAAUCGAACGCAUCCUUAGUCUAUAUUGCUUUGACAGUACACUUAAUUUAUUAUUGCAAAAUUAUAGUCUUGGUCUUUUGUAUGUCUUUUACCUUACAGGCGGAUGUAGACAAUGACAUCAAACUGUUAACACAAAAGAACGAAGAGAUAACUGAAGUUAUAUCUCAGCUAGAAAGCAAUUCAGCAACACUAGAAAUUGAUGACGCAGUCGUCACAACAGCUCCCCUCUACAAUCAGUAAGUGCUUCGGUCACAGAUAUAGUCAAAGAUUUAUUACUUUUUUGGACGUAGCAACUUUCUUUAUCCGACAGAAUUUUUCAGUUGUUUUACAACUGAAGCCUUUGUUACUUUACGUUCAUCGAUACAUACAUACACACAUACUUUAUUGCUUCCUUCCCAAAGGGGCUUUUCAGGAACAAUCAUUAUUUAUAAGCAUUACAUUUAACCAAUUACAACACUCAACUUAGCGCUAAUUACAAUGCUAACUAAUUACUAAUUACAAUACUUUUAGACUUAACUAAGAAGCAUUUACAAAAUUAUCUAAAAGCUGGUUCCUUAAGAGACGUUUAAAAAUGUGAACAGAUUGGCUUAACUUAAGAGAAG